GAAGUAUGUUAUGAGUAUUAUAAAACAAAGUUCGAAAUUACGUUGCAAUAUCAUAAUUAUGAAUAUAAAAGAUUAUGUCAUUAGUCUUUAGAUAUUAGAGUUUAGAACUUUGCACAUUAAUUUGUUGGGUUAAGUUUCAUAUUGCGGAACUUGUAAAUCUCUUUUAAAUAAAAAAUUAUAUUCUUUAAGUAUAAUUUUACGCUAUUUGAAAGUGCGUUAUGGAUAUAAUAAUAAAAUUAAAUGAACAAACAAUAGGCAGAGACAGAAUUAUUAGAUUAUUACAAUAUGGAAGCAGAGCUUAUUGGUAUUAUGCUCAGAAAAGUCAUAGUACACAAAAUUCUGCAGAAAUUUUAAGAAGUUUAGAAUAUACAUUUAGUUCUUUCAGAAAAUUGUUACGCCUUGGAAGAUGUUUGGACAGUUUAUAUUCUGCUUUAAAAAUGAUGAAAUAUCCAGAGGUAACCAUAAGAGUCACUUUGACUCUAUCAAAAAUUGCCAAUGCUCUGUUUUUAUUAGCAGAUCAUAUAAUUUGGAUUGGUCGUGUAGGAUUACUUAGAGUUAAUAUAAAAAAAUGGAGUAAAAUAGCUAAUAAGUAUUGGUUAAUGAAUAUUAUUAUGAAUCUUACAAGAGAUAUUUAUGAAAUCAUAAAAAUUUUUGAAAAUGAAGGAAAAGAUGUAUUAAUGAGAACACCAAAAUUCUCAUCUAAUUUAUGGAGACAAUAUGAAUUAUUAUAUCAUCUAAAGAAUCAUAAAAAUAUUGUAAUAGAUACAAUUAAAAAUGGCUGUGAUAUGUUUAUUCCAUUGACAGCAUUAGGUUUUACGAAAUUAAAUCCUGGAACAAUUGGCAUACUUGGUAUGAUAUCUUCAAUUGUCAGUAUUUAUACAUUAAUUUAUCCAUUGUAUAAGUUGACACCAGCUUAAAAAUAAUUUAUAUAAUAUAUAUAUUUUUUAUGUAUAUGAUGCUUAUAUAAUUACAAAAUAUUUUAUAUUAUUAAAUUAAAAAAAUAAUAUAUCAUUAAAAUUGA